AUGAACUUUGCCGAUCCGAAAGAUCGUAUAGCUAUGGCAAAAUAUGCUUUAGAAUGUACUUCUGAUGAAACUGACAGUGAAAAUGAAUAUGACAUAUCUAACAAUAACCUUUUUCAUUCAAAUCAAAGCGAUUGUGGUGAUUAUGUUUCUUCAGAUGAGAUAUCUUCAUCAAGUAAUGAACUAGAUAAUAUGGAAGAAGAAAGUGAUCAGGAUCUUGUGCCUAAGUAUCUAACUUCUCCAACAAUAAUAGUGAAUCGAGGAGAAAAUCGUUGGAAAAGUUUUAAACAUAAAUAA